ACCACAACCACCACCGGAGAGGCCGCGCGUGCAGAUCCUAUUAAUAGCCCGGCAUCCCCGCCCCCAUCUGGCUCAAAUCCAUCCAGCUCCAGCUCCUCCUCCCACCGGCAGAUCCAAAGAUAGCGCCACCGGGCCUCCAUAUUUCAGACAGAGCCCCUCUCCCUCCUCCUCCUCCCUCCCCGUGGAGCUCCAAGAAUCAUCCGACGACAGCACCGGGCGGGUCAUUGAUCGUUGGAUGGCGGCGAUGAUGGUGGCGGCGAGGCAGGGGCGCGAGCUGCAGCGGUACAGCGCCAGCACGGGCGGCCGCAUCGUCGUGGGCUGCAUCCCCUACCGGGUGCGCGACGACAACGGCGAGGUGGAGGUGCUGGUCAUCUGCUCGCGCAAGAAGGGCGCCAGCGCGGGCGUGCUGUUCCCCAAGGGCGGGUGGGAGCUGGACGAGUCCAUGGACGAGGCGGCGCGCCGCGAGGCUCUGGAGGAGGCCGGCGUGCGCGGCGAGACGGGGCCCAGCCUCGGCCGCUGGUGCUACCAGAGCCGCCGCUACGAGGCCACCUACGAGGGGUACAUGUUCCCGCUGCGCGUCACCGACGAGCUGGAGCGCUGGCCCGAGAUGUCCGGCCGCGGCAGGACCUGGGUCACCGUGCAGGACGCCAUGGACCGCUGCCCGCACCUCUGGAUGCGCGAGGCGCUCCAGCGGUUCGCCGACCGCGUCGCCGACGCCGCCUUGUAGGCGCCUCUCAUCGAUCGUUCUUCUCGCCGGGCGCGCCCGCGCGUGCUCCCCCGCCCUACGGUUUGUGCCGGCUGGGUUGGGCUCGACCGCGCGGCGCUGUGGCACUAGCGGUCAGGUCACAGGAACCAGAGCAUUGUACUGUGACUCCUGUACAUUCAUUUGCUUGGGAUUCGACCGGGCAUGUAAAUCUCACCCACUUCGCCUAAUGUUUUGAUAUCAUAAUAUAGGGACUGCUAGCCAAGAACCAUAACUCGGUUUAUUGGAGUCAGAAUGACCGUUUUUUCCUCUCCA